AUGUACAAUGAGUUCAUCCAAGGGCACUGCGGAAUUCUGGUGGUUCGAGCGCUGUGGAACCCACCAGUAGCGGCGGACCACGUCGCUUACGCGGAAUGCAAGGAAUUCCUGGAAUACUUGCAUACGACGUGGUUCGACGGUCCCUAUAAAGAUAUGUGGAACAAAUGGGAAAUAGUAGACAUUCGGACUACAAACACCGCCGAAGCCUACAAAUGCCACAUUCGGAAGGGGCCCCUGAUAGAGCAGCUGAAGUAUAUUGAUUUUGAAGCCCACUGUACCCUGCGGUGGAUUAGAGAGCACCCCAAUGAAGAAAAGCAUCUCAGGAAACGAGACCGCGAGCGCAGGGAAAAUAUUGAGAGGAGCAUGAAAAGGUUUGGGACAUUUAUCGCUCGCGAGGAGUGA